CAAAAAUCUCAAAAGGCGGCGAGUUUGCGCAGUUCGAAGCGUCCAAAAGAUCUUCUGUUACCCAUAACUGUACAUAGUAAUUGAUUAAUGACUGAACUGAAUCUCCGUGCAAAAUUGAAAGGUCCGCCCAAUUCUCAUGUUCCUCCACAGAGAUUGCGUACACACUUCGGCGGGAAAGUUAUUUAUUUUUAAAAAGGGCCGUGAAAUCAGAAACCAGGUGAAACUCUCAACUCUCUGGUCAAGACUACUCAUGAACACAGGGAGAAAGGAAGUCGAAGAAAAUGGAAGACAACUCGCAUGAUUCGGCAGAGAACGAAACAAUAUCAACGGCGGAAGAACAAGAAGAAGGUCCGGCCAUCGGAAUCGAUCUGGGGACCACAUACUCUUGUGUUGGAGUGUGGCAGCCGCAGCAUGACCGUGUCGAGAUCAUCACCAACGACUUAGGCAACCGUACGACGCCGUCAUGGGUUGCCUUCACCGACGUUGAACGCCUUAUCGGCGAACCUGCCCAGAACCAGGCCGCCAUGAAUCCUUCCAAUACCAUAUUCGAUGUGAAAAGGCUAAUAGGUAGAAAGUUUGGUGAUGAGAUAGUGCAAAAUGACAUGAAACACUGGCCAUUUAAAGUCAUAGCCGGCCCUGACAGUGGUUGUGGAGAGCAACCUAUCAUCGCAGUGACUUAUAAGGGUGAAGAGAAGCAAUUUUCAGCUGAGGAGAUAUCGUCAAUGAUCCUCCAAAAGAUGAAGAGCAUUGCAGAGGCUUACCUAGGCAAACAAGUAAAAAAAGCAGUUAUUACCGUUCCUGCCUAUUUCACUGAUGCCCAGCGUCAAUCAACAAAAGAUGCCGGUGUCAUUGCUGGUCUUGAGGUGUUGCGCAUUAUCAAUGAGCCAACUGCUGCUGCAAUUGCAUAUGGUCUUGACAAGAAAGGAAAUGGAAGUGGUUUUUCUGAUUCAAGGAACAUACUGGUUUUUGAUCUUGGUGGAGGCACUUUUGAUGUUUCUAUUGUCACAAUGGAGAAGUCUUUGUUUGAAGUCAAAGCAGUUAGUGGGGACACCCACCUUGGAGGAGGGGAUUUCAAUAAUAGAAUGGUAAGCCACUUUGUGGCUGAGUUUGAGAGAAAACACAAAAAAGAUUUAAGUGGAGAUCCCAGGGCUCUUGGCAGGCUGAAAACAGCUUGUGAAAGGGCCAAAAGAGUCCUCUCUUCAGCCACGGAAACGUCUAUUAACAUUGAUUGCCUCUUUGAGGCCAUUGAUUUCUCUUCAAAUAUUACCCGUGCACGGUUUGAUAAAUUGAAUCUGGAUCUGUUCCAGGCUUGCUUGGAGCCGGUUGAGAAGUGCUUAAAAGAUGCUAAAAUGGAGAAGACUGACAUUCAUGAUGUUGUUCUCGUUGGUGGGUCUACACGAAUCCAAAAGGUUCAAGAAUUAUUACAAGAAUUCUUCCAUGGAAAGAUCCUCUGCAAAAGCAUAAAUCCGGAUGAGGCUGUUGCCUAUGGAGCUGCUUUUCAUGCUGCCAAGCUGACUGGUGCCUGUUUGGGUGUGAAUAAGGAUAUUGUGCUUGUGGAUGUUACUCCUUUGUCUCUUGGUAUUGAGCUGCAUGGUGGUGAAAUGUCUGUUGUGGUUCCAAGGAAUACCACAAUCCCUACAAAUAUUACAGUGAAAAAAUAUACUGCUGUUGAUAACCAGACCAGAUGUCUAUUCCCAGUGUUCGAGGGAGAGAUGCCUAUAGCCAUACAUAACAACUUCCUUGGAGAAUUUUCUAUCUCUGAUGUUCCUCCUGCCCCCAAAGGUAAGGCGAAGUUUGAUGUAAAUUUUAGCAUCGAUGCCAAUGGCAUCUUGACUGUAUCUGCUGAACUAGUGGAUAGUGACAACAGGAACCAAAUCACUAUUACCAAUCGCAGUCAGAGGUUGUCAAAGGAGGAGAUUGACAGGAUGGUGAAGGAGGCUGAAGAGUACAAGGCUCAAGAUAUAAAGCGCAAGAAGGCAUCCCUGGCUAAAAAUGCUCUGGAGAAUUACAUUCACCACGCUUGGGGGACUUUAAGCUGCUGUGGGAAUAAGGUAGGUAUGGAGGACGACAUUGUGAAUUUCAAAAAUGCAAUUGAGAAUGCGGUUGGAUGGUUAGACUGGAAUUACCAUCUCGAUGAAGCCCACAAGUAUUUGGAAAAGAAAAAUGAACUGGAGAUCAUAUGCCAGUCUUUUAUCAUCAAGAUGCAGCGCCCGCAAGAAAUUCCCACAAUUGUAGAGCCUGAGACCAGUAGGAUACGGAGAUUUUGGAAGUCUCUAAACUUUUGGCAUUUCAGCAUGCUAAUGCUUUAGUAUGCUGAUGCACUUUUUGAAACUUUGUUUGGUCUGGAAUUUCAGUCUCUGAUUGCUGUCAUAUGACACCACACUUUGACUGUUUUUUGUGUGUGAGUACUAUAUUGGCUGUUGGUCUCUGCUAAUUAGGGAAAACUUUGCCCAUGAGGCUUAUGAAAACAACCUCUUUUGUUCCUUUUAUUUAUUUAUUUGAUGAAGUGCU